UGUGUGUUGAAAAAUUCUCUGAAUAUCCACCACUUGGUCGAUUCGCCGUACGUGAUAUGCGUCAAACAGUUGCUGUUGGUGUUAUCAAAGAUGUCGAAAAGAAAACUCCAGUAGCAGCUAAAGGUGGCAAAGCAGCACCUGCAGCUGCUGGUGGUAAAGGCAAAAAAUAG